UGACGGGCGACGCAGGUCGCGCAGUGCCGGCAGAGCAGCCUGCGUCCGGCAUGAGGGCUUGGGGUCCGACUGCUGCCUCCUCCGUGCCCCAGCGCCAUGGAAUGCCUGAGGAGCCUGCCCCGGCUCCUGCCCCGGCGCGCCCCGCGAGCCCUGGCCUGGGGCCUGCCUGCUGCGGCCUCCUGCGGCGGUGCGGCGCCCCUGCUCGGACGGAGCCGGGUCCAGCCGCUGUGCUGGCCCCGCCGCCCAGGUGAAGUGCUCCGGCUUACAACUACUGAGGCUUCUCAAGCCACUUUAGCCAGUGUAGCCCAGGUGUUUACUGUGACAAAAUUUGACCAAAAGGGAAAUGUAACUUCUUUUGAAAGGAAGAAAACUGAAUUAUACCAAGAGUUAGGUCUUCAAGCCAGAGAUUUGAGAUUUCAGCAUGUGAUGAGCAUCACAACCAGAAACAAUAGGAUCAUCAUGAGAAUGGAGUAUUUAAAAGCUGUGAUAACUCCAGAGUGCCUUCUGAUAUUAGAUUAUCGUAAUUUAAACUUGGAGCAAUGGCUUUUCCGGGAACUCCCAUCACAGCUGGCUGGAGAAGGUCAACUUGUCACAUACCCUUUACCUUUUGAGUUCAGAGCCAUAGAAGCACUCCUGCAAUAUUGGAUCAACACCCUUCAGGGGAAGCUUAGCGUUUUGCAGCCACUGAUCCUUGAAACAUUGGAAGCUUUAGUGGACCCCAGACAUUCUUCUGUAGACAGAAGCAAACUGCAUAUCUUACUGCAGAAUGGCAAAAGUCUGUCAGAGUUAGAAACAGAUAUCAAGAUUUUCAAGGAGUCAGUUUUGGAGAUCUUAGAUGACGAGGAGCUGCUAGAAGAGCUCUGUCUGACGAAGUGGAGUGACCCACAGGUCUUUGAGAAGAGCAGUACCGGGAUUGACCAUGCAGAAGAGAUGGAAUUGCUCUUGGAAAACUAUCACCGAUUAGCUGAAGAUCUUUCCAAUGCAGCUCGGGAACUGAGAGUACUGAUUGAUGACUCACAGAGUAUUAUUUUCAUCAAUCUGGACAGCCACCGCAAUGUGAUGAUGAGGUUGAACCUGCAGUUGACCAUGGGAACCUUCUCUGUCUCACUCUUUGGACUAAUGGGAGUUGCUUUUGGAAUGAAUCUGGAAUCUUCCCUUGAGGAGGACCACAGAGUGUUCUGGCUGAUUACAGGAAUCAUGUUUCUGGGAAGUGGACUUAUCUGGAGGCGUUUGCUCUCAUUCCUUGGACGACAACUAGAAGCUCCUUUGCCUCCCAUGAUGGCCUCUUUACCUAAAAAGCCCUUUCUGGCAGAUAGAAGGAUGGAACUGAAGCACAGCCUCAGGCCGGAGGGACCUGGAUCCAACAGGACCGUCCUGACAGAUCGUUAGCAACAACCUGGUGCAUGCUAAAUGUUUUUUAUAUUUCUAAUACUACUAUUACUUUGUUUUUAUAGUCAUGUACUUGAAAAAAUUUGAUAUUUAAACUAUGACAGGCACAUGUAGAAUUCUCAGUAAAGAAGUACUUGUUUUCUAAAAGGGCAAAAUUCUGUUUCCUACAAAUAGUUUUUAUAGAUAAGAAUAGACUGUUAUGUGCAUUUAAUUUAUACAUACUAUGAAGCCUAGGCACUUGAGAAACCCAUACUGAGAUCACAUAGCUGCAGUUCUUGGUACAGGGAUCAUGGACCUGUGAAUUUCGUGACUCAGGGGGCUGAAAAGCCAAUUUAAUACAUGUUAACCCUAAAACAAACUCUGGACGUUUGUGCUUUAAAGUCGAUCAUUGGCAUAACCUUAUAUUGUGUUUGUCCCUUUUACAGGUGUAAGGCAUAUUUUAAAAAUUUAAUAUCACUAUUAUGUGGAUUCCAAGUAAGAUUUCACUUUUUCAACCCCUGAAACUUUUUGUUUAAACAGAACUUUUGGAAGUUGAAAGGAAGUGUUUUCAUUCUGUUACUGUUUAGACCACCUCCCCACAAAAUGAAAACAUAGCUUACCCAAUCAAUAUGCCUGUACCUCAAAAGUUAACAGAUAGGAUUCCUAAGACAAGAGGAAGGUAAAUGUUAGAAUUCUGGUACUUUUAAUUUCCACAGUCGGAAGUCUGGCUUUAAAAGAUAUGGCUAAUAUAACUCUGAGAGCUGCUGUCCUACUUAACAUCUCCUCUGCUGUUUUGUGUUUACUGAGGGUUCACUGCAGUUGGAUGAUAGAAUGCUACAGUGAAAAUGUGCCUCCAGAGCAGCUCUUAUACUGCAAGUGUACUAGUAACAAAAGUGCCAGCAUGCCCACUCUGAUGUUGAGGAUGCCCGAUUACCCCAGUGUUGCCCUGUGUGAGGAAGUUUAAGGGGCCCUUUACCAGGUGGUUUGGUGAUGGCAGUAAAAAUGUUAUUCCAAUAGUUGAUUUGAAAGAAAAUUGAUUUCCCCCACUCCUGUGGGUGGUUGAGGGAAGCUGGAGAAAGAACCUGUGGCAGGAAAUAGGCCGGGCUGGUCUUGGGAUGGUGCACCUCACUGUGGGUCAGGAGGACCCCUCAUGGUGUGGAUGCUGGCAUGUGACGUGCCGUACCUCUGGUAUUACAAACCCUUUGGUAAUAGUUGGAUUUCACAGGGCACUCUUCUUUGGCACACCUCAAAACUUUGUGGGUUUUUUUGUUUUGGUUUUGGUCUUAUCACUGUAAAUAGGUAACUUACCUUAACUGCAAUAUAUAAAGAAUUGGAAUCCCAGAGGACAAAGUGUGAUUUUACUAAGAUCAUGCAUAGGACCAUUUUUCCUUGUAGCAUUACUGAAUUUAUAAGCUUGGGUAAAACAAUUUUUUGAUUAGUCAUGUCCCAUGAAUAAAAGGGGAAAUAUAAUUACCUCAAGUCUGAUAAAGGAAGUACUAAGGUUUAUAAAAUUCUUGAAGGUGGUUAGAUCAGGUGUGAGUUCAACAUUGGAUGGCUAUGCUUUGGGGACUGCAGGAUGCUUCUCACAUUACUAGUCCUCAUGAAAAAUAAAAACUGAAAAAGAGGAUCACCGAUUUUACAUUUUGAACUAAAAUAAAUGGAGCAUGUAAAAGUGAUAAAAUACAAAACACUGAGUUAUGUGAGGAGGGAAGCAGCACAAGGUCUGAUACUCAGACUGUCUUUGUGGCCUUUCAAGAUGCUAUUGAGCCUCGUUUGAUACUUAAUAAGCAGCGACUGAAAUAACACUAAACAAUUUCACGUUAGAAAGCUGAUUUGGUGAGUUAGUACAAGAAUGGCAUGCGGUUUCCUUUCUUUGGCACUGUAAGACCAACAUCACACUUUGAAUCAACUUUCAUUACUUUAGUAAUAGCUACAGAGGUGAUCUAAUGGAUAGUGCAUGGAGUAGGGACUCAGACCUGAGUUUUGCCCCCAAGCUCACCUCAGAUUAUUUUACCCUUGGAUCCGUGAUACAAAGGCAUAAAAACAGUUCCAAUCUUGAAACUGAUGAAAGUUGUUACAGAUGAAGAUAGGAAAUGUAAAUAUGUAAAUUCUGAUAUUGUGAAAUAAAAAUAAUUGUAUUAAGCUGA